GGCAUUCGCUUGUGAGAGGCCGUUUGGAAGCUAGAGAUCAGAAUUACAAGUAGUUGGCUGAGCAAAUUAGAGUAUCACUUUGGGGAAAUUUCUCAGUUCUAUGAGAUUUAGUUUCAGCAACGAGAGUGGCCACAGCAGUGGACCUCUCUGUUCUCUGACGUUUGCAUAUCUUUGCAUUGUCUGCGGACGACAAUUAUCGGGCUGAGAAUUAUUGGAUCACGGUAGGAAGUGCUGUGCACUCGUCGAACUCGCAUUGCUCUAGAAAGUGUGAACUAUGUAUGGAUUACAUGGUGAGGCCGCCUGUGGAUGCAAAGCUGGGGCGAUCUUGUGGAUCGAAGCAUGGUUCGGAGAUUGUGUUUAUUCUUACUGGGAGUUGACAUCCUUUUACCUCGGCCUGUUGUCACUAUUGCUUUGGUUAGUCGCUCAAGUGCCGCAGCUUAUCAGCAACUGGCGUCUGCAGAGUGCGGAGGCUCUUUCCCCAUGGUUCCUCUUUCAAUGGCUUGCGGGAGAUUCUUUUAACUUCAUUGGAUGUCUUCUUACUGGCGAUCAACUCGCAACUCAAAACUUGUCAGCUGGCUACUUCAUGCUUUCCGACUUUGUGGUUAUUAGUCAGUAUAUGUAUUACCAGCAACCACGAUAUCAGGAAAAAGAAUUACUGCAUUCUAAUGAUGAGGAUGGAAAGAAGUCGAUCGCCGGAAGCUCAGAGGUGGUGUGCACUCCAGCAGUUUCGUCUUCUGGUCCGUCAGAAACAUGUAAUUUCAAAGAUAUCGAGAAUGCGGGAGAUCAACGACUGAAAGGCUUGCAAAGACAUUUAGCACAAUGUCCAUGUGGAGAGGCAGUACCUCUGUUGCUAAACCAAGCUCAUGAUCUUAAGAGUUCGAAGCGUGAAAAUUUCAAAGCACUGCCUUCACAUACUCCCUCAUCCCCUUCAACCAACAAGCAUCUACGACGGGUUGUCAUGCAGUAUGGAUUGGAGUAUGGUCCUCCUACAGGAUCACUUCUCAGGAUGCACCAUGGUCCUCUUAGGAAACAUGGUAAAUACGUUCGGCGAGCUGCUGCUGUUGUGGUCAAUCUUGUUGGCCUUGUUUGUCUAGGAGCUACCGCUUUUGGUUCAGGGUCGAGGAAUCAGCCUGCAAUCAAGUCAGAGGGAUGGGCGGUUGGAAGGAAGUUGCUGGUCAUCUGCAACCAUCCAAGAACACUGUGGAUGAGAAAUAGUGGAACGUUGAUUGGAUGGGCAUCUGCAUCUUUAUACCUGGGAUCUCGAAUAUCUCAAGUAGUAAAGAAUGCGGAUCGUGGAUCUGCGGAGGGCUUAUCACUUGGUAUGGUUUUGUGUGCAAUUUCGGCAAAUCUCGCUUACGGUGUCUCCGUUUUUAUGCGGCUUUCCUCUUGGCAAGAGUUCGUUGCGAAGGCACCAUGGAUAGUGGGUAGCUUAGGAACCGUCUCUCUCGACAUCAUCCUUCUUCUGCAGUCGCGUUAUCUAACUUGCUACGCUCAAUCGAGGAAAGACAAGUUGAGUGAGCAUACACCAUUACUAGCCUGACCAAAUAGACUUUCGAUUUUUACAUUCAAUGCAGCUCUAAUUAGCAUGUACAUAAUUGUACUUGUACUCACAAAUAUAUUAUGACACACCCAACAUUGGGAUUUCAACCUAGUAGAGCAGGUGUAGUCCUCCACUGAUCUGCAUGAACUGAAAUUAGUAGCAUCAACCGGAUGUUGCCUGUAUGGUGGCUUUCCAUGUCGGCAAGAUAAUAUGGAAAAUGAUCAAGCGUUUCGAGGAUCUCGAAAUGCAAAGCAUUUCACUUAAUUUUACAUUUGCAAAUCGUAGUGGUUUCAGCAGAAUGCAGAACCAUUGCAAGGUUUUGAGUGGAA